AUGGGCCGUGAAGCAGAAGAUGUCCUGGCGUCACUCAAACUUUCUGACGCAGAGAAACUCAACUACGACGCGGUAACACGAGCGUUCGCGAAACAUUUCGUGCCGCGGACGAACGUGAUAUACGAGCGGGCGAAGUUCAACAGCCGGAAGCAAGAAGCGCAUGAGUCAGUCGACGCGUUCGUAACCGAACUCUGCCGACUGGCUGAAACCUGCGAGUACGGAUAUCUCAAAGAAAAAUUGAUCCGCGACAGGCUCGUGGUCGGCCUUGCAGACACGCAGUUAAGCGAGAAGCUGCAACUUAACGCCGAGCUGACUCUUGAAGCCACCGUCACCGCUGCACGCAACUCUGAAACGAUCAAGCUGCAGCAAAAAGAUGUACGGCCACAGCAACAGGUGCCUGCGGUUGUUGACGCCAUGCGUGGAUGUUCGAAGAGCAAAGGAAAGCCAAAUCAGCGCUCUCAAAAAACACAGCGCGACCAAACUGUGCCGACGUGCAAGUGGUGUGGUUCAACAACGCACGCACCAUCACGCACUAUGUGCCCGGCAAACGGAAAAAUAUGCAGUGCCUGCGGCAAAAAGGGACACUUCGCCGCCGUGUGCUCAUCUCCCUCUGCGAGGAAGAAAAAGAGCACCCACCAUGCUGUUUUGAAAGAGGUUUACUUCGGUGAAUUGACCGAUCAACGGGACUCUGGACUGUGGAGGACUGACGUUACAGUAAAUGGCUUGCCAAUGAAGUUCAAAGUAGACACCGGUGCAGAUGUUAACGCUAUACCUACAAGUAUCUACAAUGAACUAGUCAUGGGCAACGAGCAAGUCAUCAGAAGCAGGCCAAGAAACAGCUGCUGGGACCCGGCCGGACCAAAAUCGCAACAAUAG